UACUUAGUGCCGGGUAUUACCAUAUACCACAGUUGAACUGUUAUUGUGGGUUUGGAAACUAACAGAAACUACGGGACGCCAUAACUGCAAGUUUCUAUUUCAUUAAACAAUUUCUUGCCAUUAGCUUUUCUGAUAUUUAGCUGAACUGAGUGUGUACUAAAAUAGCUUCUUAGAACCGCCGAUAUUUAUCUGCAUUUCUUUUACAGUCACUUUCGUAGGGUUUUGUGCAGAGUGAGUUUGACCCGGAAUAAAUAUGAGAGCGGUGAGCAGUUUGGGCGAGCGGGUGGAGCCGGAAGUAUUCCAUCACCUGGAACAGAGGGGAUCCGACCCCUGGAACAAAGUCAAUGUCACCACUUACGUUUUCCAGACCAACAAAGGAGUCGGCGGCGUACAUCCGAAAAACAGCAGCACAAGUACUAUCCGCACACUUGCAACCACACAAAAACAGUCUACUGUAGUGAGGUCUAAACAGUCGAUGCGCCCCCCGGCCCCUCCCAUUAUGAUGCGAAGUAUGACCCCCCAGCCCCAGCCUACUGCCACAUACUACUCUGAAGAGCGUGUCCCAGUACGCGGAAAAAGCUACGACCGACCAUCCUACCUUAGCCCCCCUCAAACCUCACCCAAAGGUUACCACGGUGGGUACGAGGGGUCUCCCCAUGGUGGGAGAAAUGGGUUCAUGACAGUCUCUGGCCCCGCCCCUCCUCAAUACCAUUUUGUGCCAGAGGACAGCAUUGAUGAUAGUCACACGCUGUCCGUGCAGCAGUCGAAGGCUCUGUUCGAGAGGAGAUCUUGGAGAGAUCAGAUCAAACCCAAGGUGCCCGGAUUGCACAAUGGUCCAAGUGGUCAUGGAACUCGCUACAGCGGUGGAUACCAUAGACACACUAAUAGGAGCAUGACAUCUUCAGCUCCUCCGGCGCCUGGUCGUUAUGAGUUCCGACGCGCAAGACCAUCGGUGCUGGAAUGGGAUAGAAGCGGAGGAGGCCAUGAUUAUGACGAGCACCUCGUUUCGAGUCCCAGUCAGGGACAUACUAUGUCCCCCGUGUUCAAAAGAAUAGUUCCUCGAGAAAGUGGUCCGCAAGCAAAUGGGAACCCUGCCUGGUACGGAUCAUUGAGGCACAGCAACUCUGGAGGACCACAUUAUAAUGGGAAGCCUAGUGAUGCUGGCUACGGAUCCCUUCCGAGACCAAAGCCGAGCAGACAAGCAGUCACAGUUCAUGCGCAGACACUCCCGAGAGUCCUGUACACAACUGGAGGAGCGGACGACUAUGUGUUCUCCCCCGUCCGUGAAACUUCGGCGACGCAAAAUCACGUGCAAAAGAUAGAGUUGCCGAAUUAUAAGACUGUUGUGACUCAGCCGUUCAUCAGUGCCCAAUCACUCAAGCAGAGCGUCACGAAUGCGGCCGCUCAUCACAAACAGCACUCGCCCCCAUCAGGAGGUGGUCUGCUGCGAACAUCGGGAGGGGUGGUGUCCAGGGCCGGAAUGGUCGUAGGAGGGGGUGGGGGGACUUUUCCUUCGUCUAAACACCUGGAUAAUUCACAUGGUCCUAAUCUCUACUACUGAACAAUACUUUGAACUAAUUGUGACAUUAAAACGCUAAAGUUUCGGAGAAUAUUUUCAUUACCAUACUAAUUUGGAGGAUCAGUGACUACAAAAUUAUGUUUAUAUGAGAAGAGCCAUUAAUGGCGCCCAUGCAACCCAAAUGUAAGGAUCCCAUGUGUGAAGAUCCGUUGAACCCAAACUGUUGUUCUCUAUCAAACCUAAUCCCCCAAACAUCCAACGCAACCCCCGCCCACUUCAACGAUUGAACGGAUUGCGAAAACUCACUUUUCUGAAUUACAAAUACAAUGAUGAAGACUGAAGCAAGAUGAAACUCAAAAUAUUGAAAAAAAAUUGGUUUAUGCUAAUUUGUAAUCUUUUUAUUAACCAAUGCCCUGUGAAAAAUUGUUGCUUAUAUUAAAUUUAAAUAAAUACCCAAUUAUUAUGCUGUGCAUGUGCGCUCCUUGCAUUUUAGUUCUAGUAUUUUUA